AAUGGCAAACAACGAAACGUACGGUCAGCAAAAAUCAAGAAUUUUCAGAGCGAAACCGUACGUAUAAAACUCGAGCGUUCGAACACUUUGGUUGAUCAUCGGUCGUAACUCGCAGAGAAAAUGAGUAAAAUUACAAUUUUGCUUAUUUUACUAGUGGCUGCUCACGCGAAAGAGCGACCCAAACGACAAGAUUUGUCCUGCUAUGGCAGGGCCCACCACAAUGCCACCCUUGCGGCCUACUAUCCGGACUUUGACAGCGAAUUCGAAUCGGACUACCUCGACGCAAAAGGCAAAAAGCUACGUACGCUGCAAGAUUUUAUUGACGGACGAGCAGAGUUCGUCACGGUGGCCAUGGACAAUGUUCCAAAAUUAAAGUACGGAGAAAAAGUGUGUGUUCCAGAACUCAAUGAACACUUUGGAAGAGUCAUUAAUUUGCAAAUAAGAGAUUACAACAUGGAUUUGCAGGGUAAAGGUUACACGAGAUUGGAUAUAUGUGUGAGGACCGAGGCUGACAGCUACGAUUAUGCAGUUAAUCGUCCCAUAACGAUGUACACUACAUAUUAA